AUGCACCUCCGCACUAGUGACACUCGCUACCGCGCUGCGCUUCCUGCUGAGUUCUGCGCCAAGAACCCCCCUCCCAUGUACAUCACCCUCUACUACAUAGUCACCCGGCUCCCUGACUCUCUCCGCAUAGUCAGGGACCACUUCCUCUCAGUUUGCCCCACCACUCUCACCGUUGACCUCCUCGAGAAGGCCCUCCUAGCAGUAGAGAAGAGUCUAGUCGCUGUAGGAGCCUCUCGUGGUGACCCUCGCACCCCCGUCUUUGAGGGAUGUUCUCCCUCCCCCCUCUUGCCCUCUGUUGCCUCCGCUGCUACGGCCGACCUUGUUGGUUUCGAAUCGGUCGGCACUGCGUCUGCCCCGAGCGAGAGACGCCGCACCGGCAAGGGCAAGGAAGGCAAGGGCGCUGGAGGGGCUGGAGGGGGCGGUGGAGGUGGUGGUGGAGGCAGUGGAGGGAGUGGGGGUGGUGGUGGGAGUGGUGCCGGGGGUGGCGGCAGCGGCGGCAGCAGUGGAGGCGGCGGAGGCGGUGGUGGUGGCGGAGGGAGCGGAGGCGGCGGAGGUGGCGGAGGAGGCGGAGGUGGAGGAGGCGACAGAGGCGGCGGCGGCGGCGGUGGCGGUGGAGCGGGUCGCGACUCUGCGCAGAGGAGUGGCUCAGGUGGUGUUCCGCGCCACCAGCAGCGGAGUGGUUGCGGAGGCCCGCACUCCAUCGAGCGCUGCUUCGGUCGCCUGACGGACGCGUGGCGUCGCCAGUUCCCUGAGGCGUCAGAGAUCCCUCGCUGGGGAGAUCUGUCUAGGGCGGGGGUUGCCGUCUUUGAUCUUGACUAUGAUGCUAUCAUUGCUGCCAUGUAUUCUGUGACUACUAGUGUUGAGGGUGACUGUUACCUGUGUGUACCGCCUGACCCGGGCAUUGAGGCCACUGCUCUAGGUGCCAAUGCAUCUGCUGCCCCAGGUGCCACUGCGCCUGCUGCCCCAAGUACUGGUGAGUCUGCUCUCUCAGGUACUACGUCGGCUCAGGCCUUCCACACAUUCACCCUUGACUCGGGUGCGUCCCGCUCCUUCUUUCGAGACCACACCACUCUUACGCCGCUCUGUCGGCCGGUUGCAAUCUCCCUGGCAGACCCCUCUGGGGGUCCUCUCCUUGCUAGCUUCUGUACUGUCUUACCGUGCCCAGCAGCCCCCUCUGGCACCCUGUCUGGUCUCUACCUCCCCUCGAUCUCUACGAACUUGGUGAGUGGAGCGGACCCACAGGAUAGGGGGGUUGACCAGUUCACUCCUGCGAGUCAGGGAGUGACCCACUCCUCGUGUGCUCGGACAGGCCGACACUUGGCCACGUUCACCGGUCCGCCAGGGUCGAGCCUGUACACCCUUACUACUGAGUCUCCUCCGACUGCUGAGUCUGCCCAGGUAGCUGCGUCGAGUCAGGUGUUUGCUGCAGCGUCCAGGUCUGGUCCUGAGUUUGCUCCCUGCUCGUGUCGUCUGCUGCCCCACCAGACUCUCCUUCGGCACCACCGCCUUGGUCACCCCUCCCUGCCUUGUCUCCGAGGCAUGGCCUCCCGUGUCCUUGUCUCUGGUCUCCCUCAGUCUCUCCCUCCCCUACCUCCGGGGCCUGCCCCUACCUGCGUCCCCUGCGUCGAGGGGCGACAGCGCGCCGCCCCUCACUCCUCCGAGUUUCCUACGACAGAGGCUCCGCUGGAGACUCUCCACAUGGACGUGUGGGGCCCAGCCCGCGUCAGUGGGCAGGGGCGCGAGCGGUACUUUCUGCUGGUGGCUGACAACUACUCGCGUUACACCACAGUCUUCCCCUUGCACAGCAAGGGUGACAUCACUGAGGUGUUGAUCGACUGGAUCCGCGCAGCUCGUCUCCAGCUCAGAGAGAGUUUCGGCUCGUACUUUCGUGUUCUGCGUCUGCACUCUGACAUAGGCGGGGAGUUUUCCUCUGACCGUCUGGGAGCCUUCUGUCAUGCGCAGGGCAUCCGCCAGACCUUCACGCUUUCGGCCUCUCCACAGCAAAAUGGGAUUAAAGAGCGCCUUAUUGGCAUGAUCAUGGACGUCGCUCGUACGUCCAUGAUGCAUGCGGCUGCCCCCCAUUUUCUGUGGCCGUUUGCGGUUCAGUACGCAGCGCAUCUGCUCAACCUUAGGCCCCGGGUCUCCUUGCCAAAGACCUCCCCCACCUUGUGGUGGACGGGGAAGGUUGGCGAUGCGUCUGCGUUUCGGGUCCGGGGAUCUCGGCCGUUUGUCCGCGACUUGUCCGCGGACAAGCUGUCCCCCCGUGCUGUUCCCUGCGUCUUCCUUAGCUUCCCCGCUGACGCGCCUGGGUGGCAAUUUUACCACCCCACCUCGCGCUGUGUUCUGUCCUCCCAGGACGUCACCUUUGACGACUUGGUGCCUUACUACCGUCUCUUCCCCUACCGCACUGCGCCCCUCCCCCCGCCGCCGCUCUUUCUUGCGCCAGGUCCCUCCACGGUAGACCCCCUCCCCCCUCAGGGUCCUGCACUCCGACAGAGGCGGAGAGUUUUCCUGUGA